GUGUGUGAGUUGUGUCUUGUGUUUGAUAGUUCGCGGAAUUUUAUAAAUAUUCAUAAUUAAGCGUCAUUUUCAUUAUUACUUUAAUCCGCGAGCAGUAAAGUUGAUAAUUCAAGCUAAGAGCUCACUAUUUUAUUUCGUUAUUACCAUUAACAUAGUGUUUCCACUCAAACCCUAGCACUUAUUGUAACUUUAGUGGUAACAUAACUUUGUGUGUUUUAAAGUUUAUCUUGACGAAAAAAGUGACUUAAAUUUUUUUACAAUAUUCAAAAUGCAUGCAAAGUUUUACUGUCUUGUUACAUUUCUUUGCAUUAUACCCAUUGCUUAUGCCUGCAAUGAGGCAAUUUGUGCGAGUGUUGUUUCUAAGUGCAUGUUGACUCAGUCUUGCAAAUGUGAUCUAAAGGACUGCUCUUGUUGUAAGGACUGUUUCAACUGCCUUAGCUAUUUAUAUAGUGAAUGUUGCAGUUGUGUUGAUAUGUGUCCAAAACCGAAUGACACCCAGACAGAGCUCUCCAAGUCAUCACAUGUGGAGGAAAUGCCGGACAAUGUGCCGGGUCUCUUUGCAGCCUUGACCAGUGAUCCUGAUCCUCAACAAAGAUGGUUGUCCAUAACAUAUCCAGUAGACGUUGACUUGUCCGCCUACAGACCUGCUUCAGAGAGACAGCUAGUUUAUCAUCUGCAAAGCGUCGACCAAGAAUCGGAGCCCGUGAGCCGUGACGUGGUGACAUUCAACUGUACCGUGGCGUACAUGUCGCAGUGCAUGUCGUGCGACAAAUGUCGUGCGUCCUGUCGUUCUAUGGGCUCGAACAGCUUCAGAUGGUUCCACGACGGAUGCUGUGAGUGCGUGGGCGAUAAGUGUUUGUACUACGGAAUUAAUGAGAGCAGAUGUCUGGCGUGCCCUGGUGGAAAGGAAAGUGCUGGUUCUGUGAUAGACGAGGACCUGUCCUACGAUGACCUUGACUACGGAGAAGAGGUAGACGCACAGUCAGUCUGAACAGCAAUAAACCGUGAGUGCAUCGGGACUGGGACAGACCAGUCUGUGUGUCAUCAGCAGGCAGUAAUUAGUUUGUAAGCGGCAAUUCUGAAAGUGAUUUUUUAAUCUGUGAAAAAUGGAGGUCCAUAAACCUAACGAGGUUUUUUCUUGCAAUCAGGUAUAUUUAAAAAUGAUUGAAAUUUUAUUAUUUUAUUGUAUUUUGGUUUGAGCUGAUGGUCUUGUUACAUAUGCUUUAAAUAAAUAUUUUACUAUUCUUUGAAGUGUCUGCCUGACCUGACGUCACUAUGACGUCCCCAAAAUGGCGGCCAGUCAUGUCGCGGCGGUUAUAACAAUUAAAGACAUAUCGUACUGUCAAAUAAAUAUCUUGCGAUAGUUUUUAUAUACUUUAAUCAUUUAGUAGUUAACAAAUAAAUGGUUUUAAGUAAGCAUUGCAAAAAAUGACCCAAUUUGAUGUAUAUAUUGAGAUUGAUAAGAUAUUCAAUUAAAUAAUUAUAUUAACAUAAGGUGUCUUUGAGUUCUCAAUUUGUUCGCAAGUGCGAAGGAGACCGCGAUAUGUCUAAUGCUGCAAAUACGUCCCAUUGCUACGAUAUUCGGUGCCUGAAUGAAAUUAGGACGAAUUCGCAUGUUUUUAACAAUUUAUUUAUUUGUAUCUGUCACAUUAGUAGGUACUAUAAAUUUACAAUGCAUAUUAUGUCAAACUGUAUAUUUGCGUAUUAUUACUUUUAUCUGUCAUUAUUUUUCUAUUCGAGCAUUAUUAUAAGUAUUAUAUAAGUAUAAAUUAAGUUAAACAUAUUUAGAUACUUUAAGCAGAAUUUAUUAGAAUUAAUUUUUAUAACUGACUUCUUAAAUCAAAAAUAGUACUUUAGCUUGGUCCGCUAUUACCCUCUUGUGAUUGAUUGAUUGUGUUGUUUUUGUUCAUACCGUUGGAUUUAAGUUGACCAUCUACUAAACUUUCUUGCGCCGCUUCUUCUCUCUCAGAGCGCCAUUUGUUUCCGAAGCGGUAGUAGUACUAGAUACUACUAUAUAUAUAUAAUAGUAUAGUAGAUGUGACAUCAAAAAGAACUCUUAAGGAAUCAAUUUUGAGAAAAUAAAUGCCUUUUAUGCCUUUUAAAAAUUGUUUAUGAAUUGAGCUGACUUAACACACCGUCAAUCGAAACUAUAAGUCUGGGUUGCCAAGGAAUACGAUGGUGCCACACAUUCCGCAGUCUAUGUUAAAGUCAGCGUAACUUAACGUUUAAUUUGACUUAAACCUAAAACACCGAACAUUAUCUUUUUAUUGUGUUUGGUAAUAUGUAUAUGUGUAUUAACUAUUAAUUAAAUCAAAGUUUUCGUAAAACAUCACAAAUAAAUAUUGGGUAAACAUUCCAUUUAUAUUUCGCUAGUUUCCAAAUUUUAAUGUUGGGCUGAGAAUUAAUACUGUUCAUCUACCUAUAUCCAAAUUAAUAUACGAUCUCAGUGCCAUAUUAUUGCAUGUCAAAAAUUAAUUCAACAAUCUUGAAUUAAAUAACAUAAAUAUUUCAUUUAAUUUGUAAAAUGUACGCUAAAAGCCCCGCGCUUUAAGAAUGGGACAAGCCGCCAUGUUAGUGACAUAACGUCCAGGCGGACAGAAAUCACAAGUCAAAUGUUUUAAUUUUAAAACCAACGACUAAACCUACAAUGUCACUGUCAAUGUCAUUGCAUUUAUACUUCCAACAACAAAGACCCUAGAGAUUGGAAAUAAACUAUGUCAUGUCGGUGAUGCGCGACCUUGAGUUCUUCCACCUUCCAAAAGUGUUCAACGUGCCUAGAGAAGUUUUUAUUUAUUCUAAAAUACUCAGAACAUUUUGGUGACAAUUGAUUUUAAACUAUGGUUUAACUUACUUAAUGCUAGGUAUGUUACCACUAUUUCCGUCCUUCACCAAAAAUGAAACAUGAGAUUAUGUAUUUUAUUCUAUUACAGUUUAUUAUUUUAAUAUUUUUAGUAGAACACAUAAAUAAGUAUAACAUUCUUAAUUUUAUUUCAAUUAUGUAUUUUAAGUGAUUUAAUUUUAUAUAAUAAGGUAAUUACAUUAUUAUAUUGUAAACGCAAGCUGUGCUAUUAAUAAACGCGACGUAAAGGUAUUCCAAAUUUAUUUAUUUUUUUGUCUUUAUCUUACGUUUGUCAAUGUACAACGUCAAAAAGAGACGCUUAAGGCGACACUAAAUGCUAGCGACCUUGAGCGAUACGAGUUCACGGCUGCCGGCUUGCCAUCUAUGUAACAAAGCCAAUAUUUUCAAAAUUCUUGCGUGGAAAACAGUUUAUAAUAAUAAUACUUACAAUCCUCGUUAUUCACUACUAAUCUGAAUAAAUGUACCUACACAAAAAAGUACAAGCUAUAAGAAUAACUUUUCUGAGAGUAAUACUAAAAAAAUGCGUCCUGCCAUGCCAAAAAACUUGUUUAACUGCAAAGAAAAGUGGUAGUUCAAAAAGGCUCGGCAGUGUUAACUAUAACCAACAGCAAGCAUUAGCAACCUACAAACAAGACUUAGGGAUAUGUGUAACAGGAUUAAAUAGUGUUCAUAGCUCGAAAUGCUAUAUUUUCACCACAAAACUUGUGUAAAACACCAUGUUUGCGUGUUUUCUGCUUACUCUUCGCCUUAAACCUAACGCGGGUUUUUCUUGUUAUGGAUAUUGAAAAAUAGUUUAUAUUAUUGUCUUCGUUUAUUGUAUUUUAGUUUGAGCUGAUGGUAUUUAUACCAAAGCUUUUAUAAAUAAAAAAUUACAAUAAGAUUACCUUUGUCUGUUUAAAACUUUUCAUUUCACAUAACUUUUCAUUGCGUUUAGUAAUAAGACACAACAUUUAUUUCAAUGUGUAUUUAAAUAAAUUAUUCAAAUAAAUUUAAAGUAAUUCUAACAUAGUUUAAAAUGUGUUUUAAAUUUUAUUAUGCAUUGAAAUCAUCUGUUAUAAGAUAAUUAUCAAAAUUUUGAGUACAAAAAAUGCAUUACACGACGACUUGCGAAGUCGAGUGGUCGAUAUGUAAAUCUGUUUAAGGUUUAUGACAUAGAUUAAGGAUUGUUCUCCGCUGCGCUCCAACUAGAUACCGUACUACCUAAGAACAAUUGCUUUUUUAUUACGGCAGCUUUAUAAUGAAGUGUGUAUUGGCUGUUUGUAAAGAUGCUUAUGUCUUUAAUUAAUAAAUUGAUAAAAGAAAUUAAUAAAAUACAAAAUACUUACUGAUGAAAGGUGAUCCCAGUGUCUUUCUUAUUUCUUAUUGUAUCAUAUCUACAAACCCGGCAUUUUAGUGUCAACGUCACACAUUGUUCGAGACUGGCUCGAGUACGACCACUACGCCUAUCCUGCGGUAUCUAGUUGGAGCGCAGCGGAGACCAAUCCUUAAUGUAAAGUUUAUGAAUAAAAAAAUUUGUUUGAUUCAUUUAAAUCCUGUAUAUUUUUGUAGUAAAAGUACGCUAUGGGUUACUCAUUUAAUUAUACGUUUAGUAUUAAUAUACUUAUAACAUUCAUGCGAACAUUAUUGAGAAGUAUAUCUAUAUCUCUAUUGCACUAUUUACUUUUUAAUAAUUUGUGUCCAUAGUCUAAUGACAUUUUUGCCACUUCUACACAACGACCAUUUACAAUAUGUGACCAUAAAGAAUGUCUAAUAAUAGUUGUUUCUUUAAAAAAAAAUAUGUGUCAAAUGAAUAAAAAUACUUUUUAAACAAAUAAAACCCGUGUAAUUGUAGCUGUAUUUUAACGUGAGGUUGUUGCGUAAAAGUUACUUUAUUAUUAUUAUUUAUUUAACCCGAUGUUUCGUGACCUUUACGGGCUCACUUUAGGGGACAUGGAGGAGUCUUAAAAAAGUGUUUUAUUGAAAUGAAUUUGUAAUACUCGUGUUAAUUUAGGAAAAAAUUAUGUCGUAUCUAUUUAAUUGUUUUGAGGUUAAGUUUGAUUUUAACUAGUUCUGAUUGUUUCGCUGGUAUUGCCAGCUUUGCAUAAAAAAUGCAUUUGUAUUGCAGAAAAUUAUUUUCUACAAUAAACUAUUAAUUGAGUAAAGGGUCGAUAUUUGUCAUAACGGCUUAUUAUUUCUCGGAAGUGCCAAAUUAUAUUUUGUUUGAACAAUUUGCCAUUUACAAGUAGUUUAUAUAAGAUCUGAUAAUUGUAUCGUAAGUGUUGCCAUUUAAGUGCCUUAAUUAUCAUAGUUUUUACGUACUUUUAAGCGAUUUUGUACUCGAAUAUUUUUGUAUUACAUUUUAUACAAUAAAUGUUUUUAAUAGUC